AUGGAAGCUUUAUUUCUUCUUACUCCCCCCCUCCGUGAGUGAACAAAAUUUUUGUUCACUCACGGAGGGGGUUAAUUUUUUUUUAAAAAAUUUAUAUAUGAAUUUCAUAGAAAAUUUUUUUUUAGAAAUUUUAAAAAAUCCUAAUUUGCAAAAAUUGGGAAGCAAAUAUUAAUUUAAUUUAUAAAAUUUGUGUUUUAAAACGCAAUUUAUUUAAAAUUAAACAGAAAUUAGCUUUAGAUUUCAUUAUACUAACUAUUAUCACUUAUAUAUCAAUUUUUUUUUCAUAAAAAAUUUUUGUUCACUCACCGAGGUGGGUUUUUGGGCAAAAAAUAGCGAUUUUUCUAAUGGUUUUGUUCACUCACGGAGGGGAGCAGUUAGCAGACUCCCAAGUCUUAAAGGUGAAAAGCAUGCAUUAUAUAAAGCUUUUGAAAUCUUCCAAGAACUCCUCGACCUUUUAACCAAGAAAAAAAUUCCUUCCCAUAUCCAGUACCAAUUAAUUAUGCUUGCAGAAAUCCCAAAACUGAUUGCAGGGCUUAAGCCACAAAAUAAAGCUCACAGACCAUUAGAGAAAAACCUACCAAAUCUGCUUGCCUAUAUGCGCAAUUUUUUCAGGAUUAUUCGGCCUUUUCUAUAUAUUGUUGCAGUAUUAAUAUGGGGAAGAAGAUCACUAAAGCCAUUUUUCGUCAGUCUCGUCCUGGAUAUUUUAGCUGACAAAGGAAGAUGGGAAUUGUAUUUGUUGAGAUACCCUAUAUAUGAUAAAAUCACAUUAAGAGUGCUACCAAAGUUCCUUAAAGAAUGGGUAGGAUCAUACGAAAAAUACUUAAGCUAUGUAAUUUAA